AUCUCUAGGAAAAAGGACUAUAUGAAAAGUCAACAUUUGUCAAAUGCUGUCAUGAAACAGUUAGCUUUUCAAAGUGAUGUAGCAAGAACCGAAGAGGAGCGAGCUAAAACUACAGGAUCCUUUCAGGGCCGAGAUCUUUUUGAUAGGGUUUUGCCACUGGACCAAAUACAAGACUCACCUGUUGAUUUUUGUUUACAAUCAUGGAUGAAUAAUAAGGAACACAAGAUUGUUGUGCCCGAUACUGGAAAACAUUUUGAAGACAAGACUCCAAACAGUGACUUAAGCCAUGCUAGCUUAUUAGAAAAUGAGAAACUUAUGUCAUUGACAAGCUUGGAAGAUUCUUCUGAUGAUGAUAUUGAUGAUGAAAUGUUUUAUGAUGAUCAUUUGGAGGCUUAUUUUGAACAGCUGGCAAUUCCAGGAAUGAUAUAUGAAGACCUAGGAGGACAGGAACCUCCAGAAAAAGAUUUUAAGUUACCUACAAGUGAUUCUAGUCAGGCAAAUGAAAACAGCCUAAACCGUAGAUUUCAGUCAGAAAAUAACAGCUCUCUGAUUUCCCAUGGUUCACACUCCUCAGGAAAUUCUGAAAUGACUCACGGUGAGUCCGAGGAAGACCAUAUAAUUUGUCCACCUGGGACCCGUAAUUCCAUAGGUGCUGGAAAUAGUAGAAGGCAUGUAGAUUGUGUGUUACCAUUUUCCUCUAGUACUUGUAGAAUUGAGAAAGGAAGGGCAGAAAGUUUGAAGGCUAUUGUUCCAGAUCAUAGCAGAGCAAAUGAAAACAGCCUAAACCGUAGAUUUCAGUCAGAAAAUAACAGCUCUCUGAUUUCCCAUGGUUCACACUCCUCAGGAAAUUCUGAAAUGACUCACGGUGAGUCCGAGGAAGACCAUAUAAUUUGUCCACCUGGGACCCGUAAUUCCAUAGGUGCUGGAAAUAGUAGAAGGCAUGUAGAUUGUGUGUUACCAUUUUCCUCUAGUACUUGUAGAAUUGAGAAAGGAAGGGCAGAAAGUUUGAAGGCUAUUGUUCCAGAUCAUAGCAGAGAAAGUGCAAGAGAAGAUGUUCUGGUGAAGACUGUCAGGGUUACUAAUGUGAAACUUAACCCUGUUUAUUUUCAUGACACAAAUGCUGAUAAAGGUGGUUUUCUCCUGACUGACUCCAUAAAACAGGGGCCAGAGUCUUCUCAUCAAAAUAAGCAUUCGGCACCAGGUUCAGAAACAGUUUUGCACGUGGAUGGAUGCUUAGGCACUGAGACUUCUACAGUGCAUGUUCAAAAAAAUGUGGACAUAGCAUCUUUGAAGCCUGUUAGUGACAAUGUAAUUAAUUCCACUGCUACUCUUUCAUCACCAACUUGUGAAGGGCAAACCUGUGAAUAUUAUGAGUCCAUUGAAAAGAGUAAAGACCACAUGGAUCUCCCACAGAGUGUGGUCUAUCAAAAUGAAGAGGGCAGUUGGGUUACUGACCUUGCCUAUUAUACAUUCCUUAAUAAUGAACAAGAUUUAAAUAUGUCUCUAAAUGAUGAGAUGAAUGAAUACUUCAGAUCUGGUUCUGAAGCAUUGGAUUUGAUUGCGCAAGAUGAAGAAGAAUUUAAUAAAGAGCAUCAAUUUAUACAGGUUUGUAAUUAUUUGCUUUAA